AGAUGCAUACUUGUUCUUCUUUUAGUAGUAAACCCUCACUGAAUUAUCUCCGACAAUGGAAACCCUUAAGAAAAAUUAUCUAACAGUAGUUACCCCAAUUUUCAUCAUAAUAUUGGGUUUAAACAGUAUAUUCUGUCCUCUACUGGUAGAAUCCUGUAAUCCUAUAGAUGAAGAGGCAUUGCUUCAAUUCAAGAGUGGGAUACAGUUUGACUGGUUCCAAAGACUAGGCACAUGGGUCUCUACGACCGACUGUUGCACAGCAUGGGAAGGAGUGAUUUGUGAUCCUGACACCGGGAGAGUAACUCGAGUCAGCCGAGUUGGCUUUGUGGAUAGUGAUUUUGGUGUCGAUGGCGAUUUUGGUGUAAUAGGUACACUUUCUCCUUUCCUUGGCAACCUUACCUAUCUUCAAGACCUGUACCUAAAUGCUCUAGCUGGGUUAAGUGGUCCAAUCCCUCCUGAACUAGGGAAGUUAUCUCAUUUAACUCAUCUUUCAGUAACCUACAACAGGCUAAAUGGUUCAAUACCCGCCUCACUUGGUAACCUUCAUAAGCUAGAGUCUCUCAAUCUUGGUAAUAAUAGCCUCUCUGGCACCAUACCUUGUUCUCUUUUUCAAUCCAUGAAGUCUCUCUCAACUUUGGAGCUAGAGGGGAAUCAGUUAACUGGCUCGAUACCAUCUUCGAUUUCAAAUCUGGUUUCACUUAACCGGCUUUAUCUAAACAAAAAUUUUCUUUCUGGUAGGAUUCCACUUAGUAUUGGCAAACUAAAGAACCUCACCUAUAUAGAUGUAUCAAAUAAUUACAUUACUGGGAGUAUACCAGAUUCCAUAGGUAACCUCUCCAAAUUAAAAUCAUUAUUCCUCAACCAUAACAACCUCACUGAACCCAUACCAAAUUCUGUUGGUAAACUCUCCCGACUACAGGAUUUAUAUCUGCACCAUAAUGAAAUCACUGGAAUCAUACCCUAUUCUUUAGGUGAACUUUGCCAUCUGAAAAACUUAUACCUUGACCAAAACAACCUCACUGGACCCAUACCAACUUCUGUAGGUAAGCUCUCCCAAUUACAGAAUUUAUAUCUGGACCAUAACAAGAUUACUGGUAUCAUACCAAAAUCUGUAGGUAAACUCUACCAGCUGCAGAAUUUUUACCUCGACCAUAAUCGACUCUCUGGACCUAUUCCUUCCUCCAUAGGCGGCCUUGUUUCCUUACAGUUCAUGAAUAUCGGUCACAAUAAUUUGACAGGUGUGUUACCAUUUUCCAUAGGUAAUCUCACCCAAAUUCAGAGCAUUGUCUUAGAAAACAAUAUGAUUAAAGGAAAGUUGCCACCAACUAUGGGGCAUCUAACUGUACUGUCUGAUGUCCUGUUUUCAAAUAACCUGUUUAUUGGCCAAAUCCCUUCGAGUUUUGCCAAUCUCAACCUCUAUACUUUGCAACUGUCUAACAAUCAGCUCAUUGGUCCACUUCCUCGUCAACUUGCUAAUGGAAGCAUACACAACCUUGAUUUGUCCUACAAUCCACUUGGGUUGACGGAAUUACCUGAUUGGAUUUUCAAGUUAAAGUUGAGUAAUCUAACAUUAGCUGGGGCAGGGAUCAAAGGGAACUUGCCACAAUCAGUAUCUUCCUUCCAGUAUAUAUCUUACCUUGAUUUAUCGAGUAAUCAGAUCACAGGGAAGUUGCCUUCAUGGAUGGGCAAUAUGGGUUUUCUAAACUUCCUUAACUUUUCUAAUAAUAGAUUUUACUCUACAAUUCCUGUGGAAUUUAUAAAACUUCAUCAACUCACAGUCCUUGAUCUUCACUCAAACAACUUUUCUGGUCCUUUGGGAAUAGUUUUUAAUAAAGAAGGCUGGGAGUACGCCUCGAUUGACGUGUCUAGCAAUAGGUUCAUAGGCCCACUUGAUGAGAACUUAGGUUCCAAGCCAGCAAUGGCACGCAUAUCUUCCCUGGUAUUGUCAAAGAAUCCACUGGGAGGAACCAUACCAAAAUCAAUAGGAAACCUGACUCAACUGCAAGUGUUAGAGAUGGUGGGUAAUAGACUUUCAGGAAGAAUUCCCCAACAACUUGAACAUGCCAGUGAUUUGAUGACACUUAUGCUAUCGAGGAAUAGGUUGACUGGAAGUAUUCCAAUGGAGGUGUUGAAUUUGGAGAAGCUGCAGUUGUUUGAUGUUUCAAGGAAUCGACUCAGUGGAAGUAUACCUCCUCAUAACCCUAGCAUUCCUGCAUCUGCAUUUUCGCAAAAUCUUGGCUUAUGCGAUGCUCCGCUAUCCCCUUGUAACAGUUUGUAGUCGUAGUAUCAUGUAAACUCUGCUUAUCAGGGUAUUACACUAUCUCCGUCAAUUGUUAUCUGCAAUUUUGGGGUAUUAUUUGUGAGAUAUAAAAAAAAUCCAAAGUUGCAGAUAACAACUAACGGAUAUAGUAUUAUGGUUUUAAUCUUAUGUAGCGAAUAAUGGUUUGCUUUAACAGAGAUGGAAAUACAUUUUAGCCUAUUAUU